GGAAAGUCCCUUGGAUAUGACGCGAUAAAAGGGGUAAAAUGUAAACUGCGGAUUGAUUUGUAACAGUGUGAUACGGUCCGGAUUUAGUAGUUCCAGAAGAAGUAGCGGAUUCCUAAACUUUCUGUUUGAAACUCAUCGUCUUCAUAACACAUCAAAUGAAGUCAUUGUGUUCUAAGUAAGAAAUGGCUUAUUAAAUUGACCUCCCUGUCACUAGUUGUUGUGCUUUGCAUUUGCAACGCACUUCCAAACAACUAUACUAUUGAGACAUAAUGGGGUCUUCAAGUGUUCCCACCACUCUGUCCAUAGUGACGCUUCUCUGGAACCCUCGCACACUUAGUGCAUUUCACCAUUUUGACCGAAAUAAAAGACACGAUGGCGGUAUCGAUCCUUCGCAGGAAAAUUCCUCUUGUUUGCACGGUCGACCUCAUCAUUCCUUCUUCCCAACAAGCUAACGACAGCCAAUCCUGGGGAAGGAAGGGGGUGGAGUUAUCGGAGAGACAGCACAUAAUUGGUGAUGGUCAGACGGACUGGAUGACGGAAAAAGUUGAUUUGUCUUCGUUCCAGUCGACCACUGAAUCCUCUUCUAGCUCAUCUUCUCCGCCCUCACCGUUGGAACAUGAUGUCAAGGUGCCCUCUGACUUGGAGGUCAUGACCUCUCUUUUGCAAGAGGAGCUUGCUCAGCUUGAGGAUUACUUCCGGUCUGAAUCGACUUCAACCAAAUUGGACAAAUCACCAAAAUGUGACAAAGGCGCCCAAGCAAUGGGUGCCCAUUCUUACUACCAGUUGCCCUAUGCUUCGUACAGUGGCAACCAAUCAGAAACCAGCCCACUGUUUGUUACCCUGGCAACAGGGGAACUCGACCGGGUGAGCUUCUGUGGUGGUCCCAUUGGAAGACCCAAAAUGGCGAGACCAGCCCCAUACAACUGUCAUCAUCGUUCAUACAAUACUUGCCGAAGAAUAGUUUCAGAUGGUGUCAACAAAGUUGGAGAGGAACUUGAGCAUGACACCUGGAGUGCCAAAGGAAGUUCCUCAGGAAGCACAGAGGUUGCUGUUAACCACUUUUCUACAUUGAAGAGAGUUGGGAAGAACAUUGGCAGUGUAAAGAAAGUCAGAGAAUGUGGUGUAUUGCUGAAGGAAGAGGAAAGUUAUUAUUUUACAGAGGACGUUUUUUGCAGUGAAGAGAUGACCAGAGGUUUUUGUAUGGGUGGGUCCUUCGAUACCCACCCCAAGAGAGAAGGACAGUUGAUGCAUGGAAUGAAGGUUAGUGGCAGUGGUUAUGAUGGUAUGGGGCUGGAGGUCUUGCAUUGCAACAAAGAUGGUGGACUCUCUGGAGGUAUUCCUCAAGAGCCAGAGGCAAACGGUGGCUAUUACCACCACCACCCGAACGUUGCUGAUACAGAGCCUUAUCAUAGCUUUAUAAGUGAAAUCGAAGAGCCUACACAAGUACAUGGUACAGAGCCCCAGCAUGACCACUACCUCUUCCCAGAAUGUAUUGGAGACCAAAGCUACGAAUGUCUGUCAAGAGGAGAGAGCGAGGGGCCAAUGGAGGGCUCGCCCAUUCACAGGCAAACAGCACAAAGGUUAAAGGAAGAUCCAUGCUCCCUGAGCUGCCUCAAACCAGGCCUUGUCGCUGUCCCUCUGGAAGUACAUACCGGAGAACGGAAGCAGAAGAAGAGAGACCAGAACAAAACAGCUGCUCACAGGUAUCGACUGCGUAAGAGGGCGGAGCUGGACAUACUGGAGGAGGAGCUUCAUGGGCUGGAGGAACACAACCGGGAGCUCCGCGACAAGGCGGAGUCAGUGGAACGAGAGAUUCAAUAUGUCAAAGAUUUACUCAUCGAGGUCUACAAGGCACGUAGUCAACGCCUAAAGCAAGAUGCCAGUGCCUAAUCUCCUACCCACAACACCAGCACUCACAUCAAAAGCACUUGUUUGUUCAAAAUUAUAGUUGCAUGAUUUUGGUAGUUUUUCUAAAAAUAAAUAAUAUAAUCGCUUUAAAAUUGUUACAGACAAUAAACAACACAAUGUACUUUUCCAAAUGUUUCCCUGAAUGACUUCAGGCCUCAGUUGAAUUUAGGAGGGAACUAAACUAAACUGUCCGUGACCACUGUGACACUGACCUGCCUUGUAAUGUUUGAGCUUGCAAUGAUUGACUGUUUAACUGUCAUUUUUUAAUAGUAAUAGAAGCAAUUGAAUUAUGUCUGUGUUAUUGACACUCAAUGGCAGCAUAAAGGAAGGAAGCUUUAUUCUGUGAUGUUGUACGUUUUGUUUUAUUUAUUCAUUUAAGUACCCUUUUGCUUCUUCCACUCAUUUGGUAGAAGGGAUUGAAGAAGGAAUGUUUAAAAUGCUGUGGAAAAGUUCAUUAAUAAAUGCUGCAAACUACUAGAACAUUUGAUUGCUAAAAUGCUAAUGUUGAACAUGUAGGAAACCACCUAGACCUUGCUAAAGUACCCAAUGCAUGUUUGAUUGUUAAAAAUGCAUGAUUGAUUGUUAUUUGAAAAGUCAUGCUUUAACUGUUUUAGUUUCAUUAGCUGACUUUUUCUACCGCGCUUUACCCUCAAAUAUUGAAUCAUACUCAGGAUGUUUGUCCACUUUUACAUAAUGGGAAAAUAUACAUGGAAUUCACUGUUUUAUCAGCUUACUUUUUUCUUGGCUGUAUUUUGCGAAAAAAACAAUCACCUGUUGACACAACAAUAAAUUGUUGUUGGGUAUAAUGUCUUCAUGAGAAUCUUAUUUGAUGAGUAUGUGUUCAAUUCAGGUCUGCUUGUUUGAUAGAUGAUGAUGUCUGGUAACUAUCAGGUAAAUUGCAGCCAAAUAAACCAGUUAUGUUUUUAUCAUGUA